AUGAUUAAGCAACUGAAGUGUUUGAUAUAUCCCGAACGCGAACUGUUGUUGAUCUACGCAAAAAUUCCAAAAACUCAAUUCAACUUACUCGUAUCAAUUAUUCAUGCCGAUCGUGUUGUAUACUCACUCUCACUUUGCGUUUUGAAGAUCUUAUUGCAUCGCUUCAAAAUGAGUGAACUACAUAGUGACUAUAAGAGAAGGAGGACAUCACGAAAAUAUAAGACGCUACGACUUAGAAAGAUCCGACGCAGCCGCUUUAUUAAAGUUAGUGAUUUUAUGGAUUUCUUGCGUAAUCAUAUAAAUAUAUUAUACAAACAAAUGUAUGUUCGAUAUACUUCCAUUAGAUUACGUUCACGUGGUCGACUUAUUAAAAAUUCUAAGCUAUUUGCACUUCUUUAUUUUUUCAAAUAA